AUGGAAAAGCUGUGCCUGUGGGUCGGGCUGCUGCUCCUGCUGAAACACCACGAUGGGGCAGCCCACAAACUGGUGUGCUAUUUCACCAGCUGGGCCCAGAGUCGGCCUAGUCCAGCCUCAGUCUCACCCAGAGACCUGGACCCCUUUCUCUGCACUCACCUGAUAUUAGCUUUCGCCUCCAUGGACCACAAUCAGAUUGUUGCUAAGAAUCCCCAGGAUGAAAAAAUUCUCUACCCGGAGUUCAACAAGCUCAAGGAGAGAAACAGGGAACUAAGAACGCUGCUGUCCAUCGGGGGCUGGAACUUUGGCACAGCCAGGUUCACCACCAUGCUGUCCACAGUGGCCAGCCGGAAAGCGUUCGUUGACUCAGCGAUCUUCUUCCUGAGGACACAUGGCUUUGAUGGCCUGGACCUCUUCUUCUUGUACCCUGGGCUCAGAGGCAGCCCUGUACAAGAUCGCUGGACCUUCACUCUCUUAAUUGAAGAGCUGCUGGUCGCCUUCCAGAAGGAGGCGCUGCUCACCACACGGCCAAGGCUGCUGCUCUCUGCUGCAGUGUCUGGGAACCUACACAUCAUCCAGACUUCUUACGAUGUACCUCAGCUUGGAGGACUCCUGGAUUUCAUCAACAUCUUGUCUUAUGAUUUCCAUGGAAGCUGGGAAAAGUUCACAGGACACAACAGCCCCCUGUUUUCUCUGCCUGAAGACUUCAAAUCUUCGGCAUACGCCAUGACUUACUGGCAAAAGCUUGGGGUACCUCCAGAGAAGCUCAUCAUGGGAGUCCCCACCUAUGGACGGACUUUUCAGCUCCUCAGAGCCUCAAAGAAUGGGUUGCAGGCCCAAAGUGUGGGACCCGCACCUGCAGGGAAGUACACCAAGCAAGCUGGCUUCUUGGCUUAUUAUGAGAUUUGUUCUUUUGUCCAGAAAGCAAAGAAGCGCUGGAUCCAUGAUCAGUAUGUGCCAUAUGCUUAUGAGGAGCGGAACUGGGUUGGCUACGAUGAUGCCAUCAGCUUCAGUUACAAGGCAUUGUUUAUAAGAAGACAGCAUUUUGGGGGAGCCAUGGUGUGGACCUUAGACCUGGAUGAUGUUAGGGGCACUUUCUGUGGCACUGGCCCUUUCCCUCUUGUGUAUACCUUGCAUCGUCUCCUGGUGCAGACUGAGCUCAGCUCAACUCCGUCACCUAGCUCUUGGCUCUCAUCUGCCACGGAUCCUUCAGAAACUCUCCCUGCAAGACCCUAUGCCACCACUGCUUUGGGGAUUUUGCUCCCAGGAAAAACAGUUACUGCCAACAUGCCCUACAGAAAGUCUGAGACUAUGACGACAAUCUCCAGAGAUGGGACUGUGACUCCUACAAUGGAAGAUUACACUGAAACUCCAGAAGGGGAGACUGGGAUCCCUGGGGAGAACAUGACUCUACAAGAUGCCCUGUAUUCGCCUUUUGAAGAGAUGAAUAUGUACUUUGGAGAUUAUGGAGGCCGCGUGUAG